UAAUGCUAAUAGUUCUGAAUUCCAACUUAUCUAUACAAUUACAAGAUUGAUUGUUUAAAGAAGCAAUUAUGAUUAAAAAUCAUCAUAGUACAACAAAUAAUAAAAUCAGUGAUUUAAUAUCAAAUCAGAAUAUUGAUAAAACAAGAGAAGACCCUUAUUUCAAAGAUAAACAUACGCCUCUUCAAGUAAUUGCUCAACAAUAUGAUAGUUCCAAUUCUGAUGAUGAAAAUAAUACUGAAUUCAUUAAAGAAGUUUCAAAUAAAAAUGAUUAUCGAACGAAACACAAUUUGAUGCUUACAAGUGAUGAAUCAUCUGAUACUGAAAAUGAUUCAAGUAGUGAAUCAGACAAUACUUCUAAUUGUAGUAACUAUAUUAAAAGUAUUAUUAAUGAUAAUUCUGAAAAUGAAAAUGAAGAUAUAUGUAAAGAAAAUAAAGUAAGGAAAGUUUUUAAACCAAAAGGAGAAUUUGAUGAUCUUCCACCAAUUGAAGAUUUAAAAAUUAGUGUACCCGAAGUUCUUUGUGAUCCAGUAGGAGAGGUUGCUUGGACUGUUGAACAAAUGGUUGUCGUUCGUCCUAAGAUUGGUAAACCAACACUUAAUUUAGAUACUAUUUUAUUUAUUGAAAGAGGUCAAAGAGCUCUUGGUCAUAUCUUUGAUGUAUUUGGUCAAGUUUCUGAACCAUAUUACUGUGUAAGGUUUAAUAGCGCAGAUCAUAUUUUAAAAUGUGAUAUUAAAAUAGGUAUGACCGUUUACUAUUGCCCAAAUACAGAAUAUACAUCACUAGUCUUCUUAAAUGAACUUACAAAGAUGAAAGCUGUCGAUGAAAAUGGAGAUGAGGAACCUCAGUUUUCAGAUGACGAAGAAGAACAAGCUUAUUUAGCAAAUUUAAAGAAACAAUCUAAUAAUGAUAAAAUAAAAGAAGGAAAUUGUGAAAUACCAAAAAAACGCAGACGAGGUUGUCAAUCUAACAAUCUGUGGAAUAAUAAUAAGAAACGUGAAGUAAAUAUUUAUUCACAAAAUUCAAAAUCAAGUUAUAGCUCUAAACAACCAUGGUCUAAAUUAGGGUAUCAACAACAAAAUCUAUGGCAUCAAUAUAAUUCAUUUCCAAAUAAUCAAUGGAUAUCUCAAAAUUUAUCAUAUAACCAAAUACAAGCAUUUAAUGAAUAUGAAGAUCAAACAUUUCUACAACAAAUAGAUAUUCCAAAUAUAAAGCUAACACAAAUGCAAUGGAAUCGACAUUAUCAAUUGCCACAAAUGAAUAUUGUAUCUUUUCAAGGAUUUUCACAAACAUUAAUCCCACCUUUCACUUUAUCACCGCCACCGCCACCGCCACCACCACCACCACCGCCCUACCAUCAUCAAUGUCAACACCACCACACUAGUACCUUUCAAUUUAAAUAA